ACGGAACACCUAUUGGUCCAAAAAGGCGAGAAAGAACUCUCACUUCGCUGCUCAGAGUGGUACAGUUAAAGGAAACGUUGCAACCUGCACCAACGUUAAGUUAUUUAAUUCAACAUUGGACGGUAAUUUUGACGACCAUGAGAGUCUUGAUAGGAGGAGGAUCUGGCUUCGUGGGCCGUGAGCUGACUCGCCUGCUCAAACACAAAGGUCACGAGGUGACGGUGAUAUCUCGCCAGCCUGGUCCAGGGAAGAUCACAUGGGGGGAGGUGGAGUCUCAUGGCCUCCCACCAUGCGAGGGUGCCGUCAACUUGGCAGGAGAGAAUCUAAUGAACCCACUACGAUGGUGGAAUGAAAGCUAUAAAAAGGAUCUGUUCUCCAGUCGCAUCGACACAACAAAAUCUAUGGCUCAAGCCAUUGCUGCCUCCUCCAGUCCUCCUCACUCCUGGGUCCUGGUAUCAGGAGUAGCUUGUUACAAGCCCAGUCUGACAGCUGAGUACACAGAAGACAGUGAAUGGACUCCGUUUGACGUUCUCUCCAAACUUGUGAAAGAGUGGGAGGCCUCGGCACUUCUUCCUGAGACUGUGACAAAAAACACCAAACAAGUUGUCAUCAGGUCUGGGGCAGUAUUGGGCCGCGAUGGUGGUGCCAUGAAGCAAAUGCUGCUCCCCUUCUGGCUCGGCCUCGGGGGCACUCUGGGGUCAGGAAGACAGCCGUUUCCCUGGAUCCACGUCUCCGACCUGGCAGGAAUCAUUGCCCACGCCCUGGAGCCCCCUGCUGCCACCCCCUCGUCUUCGCCGCAAGUCUUCAACGGGGUCGCCCCGACACUGAACACCAACCUCGAGUUCACUAAAGAACUGGGCCGGGUCCUGAGGAGGCCCACCAUUUUCCCCGUGCCCGGCUUCGUCAUGAACACCGUUAUGGGCUCUGAGAGGGCCGUGGUGCUCAUGCAGGGCCAGAAAGUCCUACCAAAGAGGACUCAAGAAGCCGGAUUUGAGUACAAGUAUCCGGACUUGAACUCAGCCCUGAAAGAGAUCGUUGGGACCUAACAGAUGUUGACAGAAUGUGUGCUGACGUAAGAUUUUCUGUAAUUGUGUGUUCAUAUUUGCUGGAUUAGAAGAUUUUGAACAAAUACGAAAGCUCAAAUCAAUCGUUGAACAAGAACUUCAGAUCACAAAUGGGUCUGAGGACUGCCUGGAAAGUGUUUUUCAUAUCACAUAAGACCAGAGUAUGAAUCAGGAGAGUUUCUUCAUGCUCGGCAUCGACUCAAAAGACAAAUACAGGUGUGAUGAAUCCCUGCGUACAUUCAGGGCACACUGGGAUCAGAUUGUUCAGGUGCUGAAGGACUACAUGUAGACAAAACACCACCACUCUGAUGUGUGUGUGUGUGAGAACUGCAGUCUGGAUAAACUGGGCAAACUAACGAUUAAUAUCUUUAUUGAUUAAUCGUUUAGUCUACACAUCAGUUCCUACAUAAUCACAUUCAUUUAAGGUUUACGCAAUAGACAGUGACCGUAAUGAUCAGUGGUGCUUUUGGACUUUGGAGUUCUUUCAUUAAAGGGAUAUUUAUGAACUUUAACCUGAAGUAUGGAAACACAGGAGGAAAUGUCUUAUUCUCCAUGUUGUGACUUUUUAAAUAUCACAUUUCUGUCAUACUUGUUACAAGAAAUGGACUUUGAUCUGUUGAAGGUGGUGCACAAUAAAGCUGGGUGAAGAACUUA